AUGGUGUUUACCGGGAGUGGAGGCCUGAGAGCCCCGCCCCUGCUGCUCUCGUUUCUGCUCCCCGCAAUCUGGGAGGCAGGGAGCGGCCAGCUCCACUACUCGGUCCCAGAGGAGGCCAAACACGGCACCUUCGUGGGCCGCAUCGCGCAGGACCUGGGGCUGGAGCUGACGGAGCUGGUGCCGCGCCUGUUCCGGGUGGCGUCCAAGGGCCGCGGGGACCUUCUGGAGGUAAAUCUGCAGAAUGGCAUUUUGUUUGUGAAUGGUCGGAUCGACCGGGAGGAGCUGUGCGGGCGCAGCGCGGAGUGCAGCCUGCACCUGGAGGUGAUCGUGGACAGGCCGCUGCAGGUGUUCCACGUGGAGGUGGAGGUGAAGGAUAUUAAUGACAAUUCACCUGUUUUCCCAAUGACAGUAAAGAAUCUGUUUAUUUAUGAAUCUCGACAGCUUGGGUCGCGGUUUUCACUAGAGGGCGCAGUGGAUGCAGAUAUCGGAACAAAUUCAUUGUUGACUUAUAACCUUGAUUCCACUGAGUAUUUUACUUUGGACGUUAAAAAAAAUAAUGAGGACAUAAAAUCCCUUGGACUCAUAUUGAAAAAACUUUUAAAUCGAGAGGAUACUCCCGAGCAUCAUUUACUAAUAACAGCAACAGAUGGCGGGAAGCCAGAGCUUACUGGCACUACUCAAGUGAAGGUCACAGUCCUAGAUGUAAACGACAAUGCUCCAGUAUUUGAGAGGACGCUCUACAGAGUCAGAUUAUUUGAAAAUGCACCAAAUGGUACUCUAGCAGUGACUGUUAACGCCUCUGAUUUGGAUGAAGGAGUAAAUAAGGACAUUGUAUAUUCUUUCCACGCAGACAUAUCGGCUGAGAUUCUGUCGAAAUUCCACUUAGAUCCUGUCAAUGGAUGUAUCAGAGUAAAUGCUAACCUAGAUUUUGAGGAAACCAAAUUAUAUGAAAUCGAGGUAGAGGCGACAGACAAAGGAAAUCCCCCAAUGACAGAUCAUUGCACAGUUCUAGUGGAAAUUGUGGACAUAAAUGAUAAUGCACCCGAAUUAGUAAUCAAGUCACUAGCAUUGCCGGUAUUAGAAAAUUCUGAAGUUGGGACUACCAUUGCCCUGAUCAGCGUGUCGGACCGUGAUUCAGGUACCAACGGACAGGUGACCUGCUCCCUGACGCCUGACACACCCUUCAAGCUGGUGUCCACCUUCAAAAACUAUUAUUCACUGGUACUGGAUAGCACUCUGGACCGAGAGACCACCUCUGAGUAUAAGGUGGUGGUGACCGCGCGUGACGGGGGCUCGCCUCCGCUGUGGGCCACCGCCAGCGUGUCGGUGGAGGUGGCCGACGUGAACGACAACGCGCCCGUGUUCGCACAGGCCGAGUACACGGUGUUCGUGAAGGAGAACAAC